AUGGGAAUCGGCACCAGCACACCCGUUGGCGAUAAUGACGUUGAGAGCGUGCUCGCCGAAUCGCAGGCAAUUGUUUUGAGUGCCGCACAACAACGCCAACAACAAUUAAUUAAUCAGCAUAUGUUGGAGUCGCAAACAUCGGUGAGUAGUGGCGCCUCCAUACAAACGGUGUUGCAUCAAUCAAUGCUUGCGAGCACAACGAGUACAAGUAGUACACAACAACAGCAACAACAAAUACAACGUACCGGCAGCAUAUCAAGCAAUAAUACACCAGCACAUAGAGCUGGUACACCAACAAAAAUACAACAACAACAAAUUAACGGUGGCGUUAACAGCAAUCAAGCAACAGCACAGAGUGUUUCAUAUGCCACAGAGGCGUUGGUAACAUUGCGACCACAAACGCAACAAACACCAACACAACAACAACAACUGCCUGCGGCGGAGUGCAUCAACUCGUUGUUGGAACACAUUAGCCCAGCGGCGGCAGCAGCCGCUAUGAGCGGUGAAGGUGUGCUAAAUAUUGCCGAUGUUGCUGAUCUGCUACAUCCGCAACAUGCGAUCAUAACGGGUGGACGCUCACAGGGCGGUUGUCCGCUGAUCAUAUUCCCAGAUAAUAAUAAUUUCAAUUUAUUGGAGGAGGCCGAUUAUCAGAAAUUAAUUUUAUAUCUCACAUCAGUGCCAUCUCUGCAAGAUACCGAUUUGGGCUUUCAGCUAAUCAUCGAUCGACGGAAAGACAAAUGGACGUCGGUGAAGACAGCGCUGCAGAGAAUAUCGAUCUACUUCCCCGGCAUAAUACAUGUCGUAUACGUGCUACGACCAUCGGGACUGUUUCAAAAGGCCAUAUCCGAAGUGAGUACAAAAUUCUCAAAAGAUGAGUAUCGCUUUCGGCUCGUAGUAUGUUCGGCACUCACCGAUCUGCACGAGUACAUAGAUAAGAGCCAAUUGACAGUGGAUAUGGGUGGCACAUUAAUAUAUUCGCAUCACGAGUGGAUACAGCAGCGAAUAUCACUUGAGAAAUUUUCUAGUCUCACACAUCAAGUCUCAACAGAAUUGGACAUAUUCAUACAAACCAUACACGAUACGGAAUUUCCGAACUCCGUGGAGGCCACACAAAAGUUGAUUGAUGUGCAAGGCAGCGAUUAUGAGCGUUUGAAGGAGGAGAUUUUGGCCGCUGCCAAACACGGCGAAACUCUGUUGAAUAAUAUCAAAGGCAAUGAAGAGAUUAAAGAGUUCUCCGAGCGCACCGGCAAUGUUAGCGCAAUCGAACGAGCCAGUGCAGGGAACGCUAGCAAUCGUCCACCACCUCAUCAAAUAAUCUAUCAUCAACAAUAUAAAUUCAAAAAACCACAACAUUUUGAUGAUUGUCGCGAUUAUCGUAGACUCCUGGUGCAGCUGGAGGAGACCGAGCGACGGUUCGACGAAUUCUGGCGCACGCAUCGAAAUCGCCUGCAACAGUGCCUGGAGCUGCGGCGCUUCGAGCAAGACUUCCGUGAGCUGCAGACAAUUUUCGACGCCCAUCUGAAGUGUGUCGCCGAGAUGACCGAGAUCGGUGAGAGUGUCGAGCGCGUUGACACACUAGUGGCCGACACGCAGCACUAUCAAGAGCUCAGUCGUGUGGAUAUCGAGCGUGCCGGUGAGGUUAUCAGCGCCGGGCAGCAGUUGCUCGGUGUACGCGGCGUUUAUCCGUGGGAGAUCGUGCAGCCGAAGUGUGACGAGUUGCAGCGUGUGUGCGAUAUAAUCUCGGAGCGUUUAUGCAAGCGUGUGGAGAUUCUCGGCAAGAAUCGCGAACUCAUGGAGAGAGUAGAAAAGGCUAAUCAAUGGUGUGCCAAUGGCGUUGAGCUGUUAGCUUCACAACGCAUCGAGAAAUGUUCGGCAUCGCCAGAAAUUGCCGAACAAAGUUUACAAGAAAUACAAGCUUUCAUCGCCUCAGCGGCGGAAUUUAAAUUAUCUAGUCCAAGUGAAUUUAAGAAAAUCUUCCUGGAGAGUACAACACCCGAAACCAAAGCGCUCGUAUCACAAGUUCUCCAACGUAUCGAUGAUGUGUCAUUAAUGUGCGACAAACGCAUUGCGAGUCUCAAGAAGUUGGCCGUUAAACCGCAAAGGCCGGUACAAACCGUUACACCAGAACCGGCAGUGCCCUUACAACCACAAGGCGGCGCACCGCAUCUGUUGCGGCGGAAACAUAAGGUUAUGUCAAGACCUUUCAAAGAUCUAUAG